AUGAGAAUCAAGCUAGGUUCAAGAUCAUGGGGGAAGAGAGGACUCAUCAGCAUCCGAGCAGAAGUACAGACGAUUGGCAUAAUUCACCACAUCAAUCUUGUCCGAUUAUUUGGUUUUUGUGCCGAAGGGCAGAAAAGGUUGUUGGUAUAUGAGUACAUGGAGAAUGGUUCUUUGAGUACUAAUCUAUUUUUGAAGAGUUCGGCCAUAUUGACCUGGAAUCUCCGGUACUAUAUAGCACUUGGAACAGCAAGAGGCUUGGCUUAUCUGCAUGUGGAAUGCAGUGAAUGCAUUAUACACUGUGACAUGAAGCCAGACAAUGUACUUCUUGUUGCAGAAUUCUGCCCCAAGAUUGCGUACUUCGGCAUGGCCAAGCUUCUAGGUCGAGAUUUCAGCAGGGCUUUGACAACAAUGCGAGGGGCCAUUGGAUAUCUUGCACCGGAGUGGAUAUCGGGGUUACCGAUCACACAUAAGACUGAUAUUUACAUCUAUGGCAUGAUGCUUCUUGAAAUCAUAUCUGGUCCAAGGAACUCAGGGAAAAUUAAGGAAGGGAAGUUUACAUACUUUCCCAUCUUUGCGGCAAUCAAGGUGAAUGAGGGAGAUGCUGUGUGUCUGUUGGAUAGUAGGUUGGAAGGUCAAGCAGAUGGAGAGCAGCUGAGAAGAGCUUGCAGAAUUGCAUGCUGGUGCAUUCAAGAUGCUGAGGAUUACAGGCCGAUGAUGGGACAAGUUGUUCACAUGCUAGAGAAUGUCAUGGGUGUCGAAAUCCCACCUAUUCCAAGGUCACUUGAACACUAUGUUGGCAUGGAGGAUUGCUCUGCGGAACCAGAUAACUUGUUCUAAAUUCUACAUGUUUGUUGGAUAGGCCGGCCUUAGUUAUAAGGCCCAGUAGUCUAUGUUUCUGUUUAUUUUUUGAAGUUUAGUGGAAUACAGAAA